AUGGCAGCAAUUUGUGACGGAAAAACUGAUAUUAAUGAUGCUUGUGGUAUUACAUAUUCUUCUGACUAUCAGAUAACAAAACUAGGAAAUGUCUACCACAGUGGAGGAAGUUGUUCAUCUCCGGACGUUUGUACUGACUGCACUCAGGGAUUCUAUUCCGAUGGACCAUAUUGUCGCUUAUGUGGGACCAUUGAUCAUUGUAACUACAGAAGAUGUACCACCUCUAGCAAUCAGGUCUGUGAAUGGUGUGAUGGGGAAAUAAAACCAAACACAUAUUGGAGAGCUUACACAAGACAUCUUGAUAAAACAAAAUGUCAAAAGGCUUGUUCCUGGAGAACAGAUAGUACUCGAUGUUACCCUGGAACUUGUACUGAUGAACUCGCCAGUGGUUGUGUGUGUGCUGAUAACUUUAUAUUUUACUUUGUAGAGGCUUGUUCCUGGAGAACAGAUAGUACUCGAUGUUACCCUGGAACUUGUACUAAUGAACUCGCCAGUGGUUGUGUGUGUGCUGAUAACUUUAUAUUUUACUUUAUAGAGGCUUGUUCCUGGAGAACAGAUAGUACUCGAUGUUACCCUGGAACUUGUACUAAUGAACUCGCCAGUGGUUGUGUGUGUGCUGAUAACUUUAUAUUUUACUUUGUAGAGGCUUGUUCCUGGAGAACAGAUAGUACUCGAUGUUACCCUGGAACUUGUACUGAUGAACUCGCCAGUGGUUGUGUGUGUGCUGAUAACUUUAUAUUUUACUUUGUAGAGGCUUGUUCCUGGAGAACAGACAGUACUCGAUGUUACCCUGGAACUUGUACUAAUGAACUCGCCAGUGGUUGUGUGUGUGCUGAUAACUUUAUAUUUUACUUUGUAGAGGCUUGUUCCUGGAGAACAGACAGUACUCGAUGUUACCCUGGAACUUGUACUAUAGAACUCGCCAGUGGUUGUGUGUGUGCUGAUAACUUUAUAUUUUACUUUGUAGAGGCUUGUUCCUGGAGAACAGAUAGUACUCGAUGUUACCCUGGAACUUGUACUAAUGAACUCGCCAGUGGUUGUGUGUGUGCUGAUUACUUUAUAUUUUACUUUGUAGAGGCUUGUUCCUGGAGAACAGAUAGUACUCGAUGUUACCCUGGAACUUGUACUAAUGAACUCGCCAGUGGUUGUGUGUGUGCUGAUUACUUUAUAUUUUACUUUGUAGAGGCUUGUUCCUGGAGAACAGAUAGUACUCGAUGUUACCCUGGGACUUGUACUGAUGAACUCGCUAGUGGUUGUGUGUGUGCUGAUAACUUUAUAUUUUACUUUGUAGAGGCUUGUUCCUGGAGAACAGAUAGUACUCGAUGUUACCCUGGAACUUGUACUGAUGAACUCGCCAGUGGUUGUGUGUGUGCUGAUAACUUUAUAUUUUACUUUGUAGAGACUUGUUCCUGGAGAACAGAUAGUACUCGAUGUUACCCUGAAACUUGUACUAAUGAACUCGCCAGUGGUUGUGUGUGUGCUGAUAACUUUAUAUUUUACUUUGUAGAGGCUUGUUCCUGGAGAACAGAUAGUACUCGAUGUUACCCUGGAACUUGUACUGAUGAACUCGCCAGUGGUUGUGUGUGUGCUGAUAACUUUAUAUUUUACUUUGUAGAGGCUUGUUCCUGGAGAACAGAUAGUACUCGAUGUUACCCUGGAACUUGUACUAAUGAACUCGCCAGUGGUUGUGUGUGUGCUGAUAACUUUAUAUUUUACUUUGUAGAGGCUUGUUCCUGGAGAACAGAUAGUACUCGAUGUUACCCUGGAACUUGUACUAAUGAACUCGCCAGUGGUUGUGUGUGUGCUGAUAACUUUAUAUUUUACUUUGUAGAGGCUUGUUCCUGGAGAACAGAUAGUACUCGAUGUUACCCUAGAACUUGUACUAAUGAACUCGCCAGUGGUUGUGUGUGUGCUGAUAACUUUAUAUUUUACUUUGUAGAGGCUUGUUCCUGGAGAACAGACAGUACUCGAUGUUACCCUGGGACUUGUACUGAUGAACUCGCUAGUGGUUGUGUGUGUGCUGAUAACUUUAUAUUUUACUUUGUAGAGGCUUGUUCCUGGAGAACAGAUAGUACUCGAUGUUACCCUGGAACUUGUACUGAUGAACUCGCCAGUGGUUGUGUGUGUGCUGAUAACUUUAUAUUUUACUUUGUAGAGACUUGUUCCUGGAGAACAGAUAGUACUCGAUGUUACCCUGGAACUUGUACUGAUGAACUCGCCAGUGGUUGUGUGUGUGCUGAUAACUUUAUAUUUUACUUUGUAGAGACUUGUUCCUGGAGAACAGAUAGUACUCGAUGUUACCCUGGAACUUGUACUGAUGAACUCGCCAGUGGUUGUGUGUGUGCUGAUAACUUUAUAUUUUACUUUGUAGAGGCUUGUUCCUGGAGAACAGAUAGUACUCGAUGUUACCCUGGGACUUGUACUGAUGAACUCGCUAGUGGUUGUGUGUGUGCUGAUAACUUUAUAUUUUACUUUGUAGAGGCUUGUUCCUGGAGAACAGAUAGUACUCGAUGUUACCCUGGAACUUGUACUGAUGAACUCGCCAGUGGUUGUGUGUGUGCUGAUAACUUUAUAUUUUACUUUGUAGAGACUUGUUCCUGGAGAACAGAUAGUACUCGAUGUUACCCUGGAACUUGUACUAAUGAACUCGCCAGUGGUUGUGUGUGUGCUGAUAACUUUAUAUUUUACUUUGUAGAGGCUUGUUCCUGGAGAACAGAUAGUACUCGAUGUUACCCUGGAACUUGUACUAAUGAACUCGCCAGUGGUUGUGUGUGUGCUGAUAACUUUAUAUUUUACUUUGUAGAGGCUUGUUCCUGGAGAACAGAUAGUACUCGAUGUUACCCUGGAACUUGUACUGAUGAACUCGCCAGUGGUUGUGUGUGUGCUGAUAACUUUAUAUUUUACUUUAUAGAGGCUUGUUCCUGGAGAACAGAUAGUACUCGAUGUUACCCUGGAACUUGUACUAAUGAACUCGCCAGUGGUUGUGUGUGUGCUGAUAACUUUAUAUUUUACUUUGUAGAGGCUUGUUCCUGGAGAACAGAUAGUACUCGAUGUUACCCUGGAACUUGUACUGAUGAACUCGCCAGUGGUUGUGUGUGUGCUGAUAACUUUAUAUUUUACUUUGUAGAGGCUUGUUCCUGGAGAACAGAUAGUACUCGAUGUUACCCUGGAACUUGUACUGAUGAACUCGCCAGUGGUUGUGUGUGUGCUGAUAACUUUAUAUUUUACUUUGUAGAGGCUUGUUCCUGGAGAACAGACAGUACUCGAUGUUACCCUGGAACUUGUACUAAUGAACUCGCCAGUGGUUGUGUGUGUGCUGAUAACUUUAUAUUUUACUUUGUAGAGGCUUGUUCCUGGAGAACAGAUAGUACUCGAUGUUACCCUGGAACUUGUACUAAUGAACUCGCCAGUGGUUGUGUGUGUGCUGAUAACUUUAUAUUUUACUUUGUAGAGGCUUGUUCCUGGAGAACAGAUAGUACUCGAUGUUACCCUGGAACUUGUACUAAUGAACUCGCCAGUGGUUGUGUGUGUGCUGAUAACUUUAUAUUUUACUUUGUAGAGGCUUGUUCCUGGAGAACAGAUAGUACUCGAUGUUACCCUGGAACUUGUACUAAUGAACUCGCCAGUGGUUGUGUGUGUGCUGAUAACUUUAUAUUUUACUUUGUAGAGGCUUGUUCCUGGAGAACAGAUAGUACUCGAUGUUACCCUGGAACUUGUACUGAUGAACUCGCCAGUGGUUGUGUGUGUGCUGAUAACUUUAUAUUUUACUUUGUAGAGGCUUGUUCCUGGAGAACAGAUAGUACUCGAUGUUACCCUAGAACUUGUACUGAUGAACUCGCCAGUGGUUGUGUGUGUGCUGAUAACUUUAUAUUUUACUUUGUAGAGGCUUGUUCCUGGAGAACAGAUAGUACUCGAUGUUACCCUGGAACUUGUACUGAUGAACUCGCCAGUGGUUGUGUGUGUGCUGAUAACUUUAUAUUUUACUUUGUAGAGGCUUGUUCCUGGAGAACAGAUAGUACUCGAUGUUACCCUGGAACUUGUACUAAUGAACUCGCCAGUGGUUGUGUGUGUGCUGAUAACUUUAUAUUUUACUUUGUAGAGGCUUGUUCCUGGAGAACAGACAGUACUCGAUGUUACCCUGGAACUUGUACUGAUGAACUCGCCAGUGCCAGUGGUUGUGUGUGUGCUGAUAACUUUAGUGGAACACAUUGUGAAAACAUUGACAACACAUCAACAAUAGAAUAUAAUCACUGUAAAUUUUCUGACAAUGGAGGACAUAAUGUUUUAGAGAAUGAUCCAAACUGGGUCACUACUGGUCAUUCAACUAUUUGGACAAACUUUCCUGCAUAUAGCAGUAUUUCAGUAGUUGAAACAGCAAAGUAUUUGCAACCAGCUGAUAACAGAGAUGCUCAACAUUACGUGAAAGAUUUCCGAGUUGGUGUCAUUGAAGAAAAAGCAACUCUCUCAUAUUACAAAGGCUCAACAUAUGUUUCCAAACAGACAAAGACUUGUAAUGGUAUGGAUAAAAAUCAACCUGUAGAUUUUAAACAAUGCAGCUUUUCCUUUAAUGUGUGGUCAUUUACUCAUAAUGAUAGAGUAGUUGCUGAAUUCUCCUCUACCAAUGGCGGAUAUGUGAGUGUGGCCAACCGUGACUCUAGUUCCACAGAUUCUGUGAAAAAGACUUAUUAUUAUUCUGGACAAACCCUGACACGGGAGUUUGAGUUCCAUUGGGAUUUAGAGAACCCUUAUCAUUGUUCUUUGACAUCAGGAACUUCGUGUACUCCAUUUCUAAAUAUUGUAGAUGAUUUAACUGAAAAUCCUAAUCUAAGUUUUACAUGGGGAGGAUGGUCAGAUGAUUUAGCAGGACUAGACCAUUAUCAGUAUGACCUGUUUGACCUUGGAGUGGAUGGUUCAAUAUUGAUUGACGGCGCUGGUUCUGGUGGAUCUUUAAUCUCAUCAAAUAAAAAUUUAGCAAUCACUGAAUCCUCCGGAUCUGUAGUUUUGACGGAACCUGGAAUGUAUUCCCUACAUCUUAUUGCCUACGAUAAAGCUGGAAAUUUUAAAAUAGGCAGAAAUCUUUUCCUGUAUGAUGACAAGUCUGUGGUGGAUAUCCAGGGCAAUCAGCCGACAUACUGUUCAACUGCUUCUAAAAAUACAUCAUACACUUGGAUUACUAUGGAUACAAACCAGGUCAAGGUCGAUUGGAAAGAUAGAUUUAUAAAUACCAGACAUAAAAAUAAUAAAUGGUUGAACCUUGUAGAGACAUAUGCACCAAAUAAAAUUAUGGUGUAUGAAGAUUUGUAUGGAGACAGAAAUAAUGUUCAAAUAAAUAAUGUGCACGCCAUUGUUGAUUUCCAAGUAUCAUACCAGGUUGACAGUAGUGACUCAAUAACCACAAAUGUCAAGGAUUCACGACCUUUCACCUCUGUCUCCAAUAUAUAUAACCAGUAUGAUAUCCUGACAUUAGACUGGGCUGAUGGAGACCAACUGACCACUACAGUUAAAGCUAUUGAUAUAAUGGACAAGACUAACCAAGAAACAAUCGUGGUAUACAGAGAUGCCACGCCCCCUAUUGUAGAAAAUAUAUGGUUAACAAAGAGUAACCGAUUGAAUGUUAGUGUCCAAAAUUUGGAGGAUUUUACAAAAAUAACGAUUGAAUGGGAGGCCUAUGAUGUACACAGUGGCUUGGACUGUGUGUAUUGGAGAUUAUAUGACAGUAAGACAGGAGUUCUCCAUGGACAUGAAGAUAUAAUAGCUCAGGGUCAUUCUUCUAAUUUGACACAUUGUAAGGAUAAAUACAGUGAUUAUGCAAGGGGAGCAAACUGUUACUGUACACCAUUCCAGGGAUGUUUCCAUCGUCAUUUUCAAAUUAAACCAGAAAUAAAACAGCACGGAGGACUGAUAUUAAAUAAAGAUAAAGGAACACAUGAAUAUGAUUAUUUUAUAGAAAUAUCUGUAACCAGUAUUGCUAAUUUAACCACUGUUCUGACCAAAAAGAUAACAGUAGACAUAAGUCCACCACACCCAGGAGCUGUCCACGAUGGACAACCAGGAAACCCAGAAAUAGACUACCAACAAGGAAUGGACCUUCAUGCUUACUGGGACCAGUUCUUUGACAGAGAGAGUGGCGUGUUUUUCUAUCAGUAUAUAGUAAAAACAACCUGUGCUGAUAAGACUGAUUUUGUUGUGGAUGGUUCAAAUCCAAAUAUUGUGGAGACAUACAACACCUUUGGAAGCCAUACAGUCAGUGGAGAUGGAACCUAUUAUUUCACUGUUGUGGCCUAUAACCGGGCUCUGGACCCAUCAGAACCAGUGUGUUCAGACGGUGUAACUAUAGACAGUUCUGUACCAGGUGUUAAGGAGGUGGUUGUUAAAGAUUCCCUCAUUACUGGGGGUCUUGUCAAAGAUCCACAUAAUGUAAACUUCUACAUCCUGGGACCAGAUCGCGUCAGAAGACUGAUACCUAAUCCUACUGCUGACUGCAUAACAAAAGCCACUGCGUUGAAUGGUGUAGAUUUAUUUCCUUUGGCAAGAAGUAAAAAUGGAAGCAUUAUUGAAGUAGAUGGGAAUAUUUUCUGCAGUAAUUCCAGUUCAUCACAUAGUGUCAUAGGAUUGACAUUAUUUAAAUCAUCAUUGAUGGAGAUAUCAUGGAAGCCUUUAGAUAUACCAGCCAGAGUAUUCAACUAUGAAGUUGGAUUAUCCUCGACAACAGGAAGUUCAGCACCUGAUAUCAUGGCGUUCCAAUCUACAAAACAACAUUCUCAUGCAAGAAUAAUGCAUACUAACAUACCAGACGGAACCCAGUUUUAUAUCAUUAUAAAAACUAUCAGUAAAUCUAAUGUAGAAGGCCUAACGACCUUAGGUCCCUGUUUCAUGGACACGACACCACCAGAGAUUGUUGGAGGUAGUGGUAUAUUUACAGUAGAGUUGUCAGGGGAUUAUCUGGUCACCACAUGGCCUGGUGCAGCUGUGUCUGACAGUGAGGAAUUGUUUACACUGGACUAUCAGUUUGCCGUCGGUCACAGUGCCUACGGAACAGAUGUACAAGGCUUUCAACCAUUAAUGUCAGGGGGUAACUGUACACUGACUCAGCCUCCAUCUUGUACAACUGUCAAGGUCACAAAUCUGGACUGGUAUCUACAUGGACAUCAUACAUACUUUGUAUCACUCAAGGUUACAAACACAGCAGGACAAACAGUGAUCCAGUCAUCUGGUCCCUAUAUACAUGAUGUACAGUUACCAGCCGAUGGAGUUGUUUUAGAUAUUGAUACUCAGGAUUUUUCAACAGAUAUUCCCGUUGAGGAUAUACAAGACUUGGACUUUCAGACAUCUACCACUAGUAUGGCUGCCCGCUGGUUAGGAUUUGCACACCCACACUUAGAUGUAACCUACAGUAUAAGUAUUGGAACUACAAUUGGAGGAAGGGAUGUUGUGUCUCUGAAGGAUGUCGGUACCAGUCUAGCUCACCAGGAAACAGGACUAUUUCUGACACCUUAUCAGAAAUACUAUUUCACUGUAACAGCUUUGAAUACAGUAGGGAAUACAUCAAUAUCUUCUGAUGGUGUUACCGUAGUUACAGAAAAUGAUGUUUUGUCAGGAGUGUUGAUUUAUGAUGGCGAACCUUGUUAUAUGAUUGAUAAAUCAUUAGAACAUCAUAUGGAGGACCACAGAUUGUCCUGUUCAGAUGAUGUUGACAUUCAAAUGUCCACUAAUUCAUUGAAAGCAUACUGGACAGUUCCAUCUAAUGUAAAGAAAUACACCCCUGAUGCAUAUAUUGCUAUUGAGAAGAGAUCAGGUGUUGGAAACCAAUGGAGUAUUUUCCGUGAUUUCCUUCAUGUGUCAACAGCCUUUGACAUUAGUAUAGAUGAUCUGACCUUGAACCCAGGUAUCAAGUAUCGGAUUGUAUUGAAACUUUGUACCAAAAACAUCUGUUUUUUACCCAUCAGUACCGAUGGUGUCAUGGCGAUGGCUAAUGUCCCAGUUACAGGGGACAUAACUGUGAUGCAUCAAAACACCACAGUCACUGGUGGGGCGGAGAAACUAAUGGUGUCUUUUGCGCAGUUCUAUGACCCAGAUAUUGAGGAUUUGGUAGAAAAAUAUGCUGCAGUUGAUAAGUAUGAGUUUGUUAUCACAGAUAACUCUGUAAAGGGAAAGACGUACAUGGUGUGGACCAGAUUAAAUUAUACAGCGAUUGGACAUCAGAUUUUAUUUGAGUAUGUUUUGAAUGGUACGAUGGAUUUCUCCCGAUGUAAAAGAUUUUCUAUAAGAGGCUACAACAAAGCCAAACAGUACUCGACAGUUUCAACGGAAAUUAAAGAUUGUCAAGCAUUUAAUCCAAUUCAAAUAUAUCCUAAUAUUGUUAUAGAUGCUGUAGGGGCUCCUGAUUCUAAUGAUGCUGUAGUGGCACCUGAUUCUAAUGAUGCUGUAGGGGCUCCUGAUUCUAAUGAUGCUGUAGGGGCUCCUGAUUCUAAUGAUGCUGUAGGGGCUCCUUGUGCUAAUGAUGCUGUAGGGGCUCCUUGUGCUAAUGAUGCUGUAGGGGCUCCUGAUUCUUACGAUGCUGUAGGGGCUCCUUGUGCUAAUGAUGCUGUAGGGGCUCCUGAUUCUAACGAUGCUGUAGGGGCUCCUGAUUCUUACGAUGCCGUAGGGCCUCCGAAUUCUAAUGUAAAAGAUUGUCAGGCAUUACAUCCGAUUCUAAUACAUCCUAACAUUGUUAUAGAUGGUGUAGGGGCUCCUGAUUCUAACGAUGCUGUAGGGGCUCCUGAUUCUAACGAUGCUGUAGGGGCUCCUGAUUCUAACGAUGCUGUAGGGGCUCCUGAUGCUAAUGAUGCUGUAGGGGGACCUGAUUCUAAUGAUGAUGUAGGGGCUCCAGAUUCUAAUGAUGGUGUAGGGCUCCUGAUUCUAUUUGUAAGUAAAGAUUGUAAGGCAUUUAACCCAAUUCUAAUACAUCCUAACAUUGUUAUAGAUGCUGUAGGGGCGGCUGAUUCUAAUGUUGAUAUCGGCAAACCUGUUGUUCUUAAACAAAACGCAUUGUGGACAGAAACAGAUGAAGAUUAUACUCCAUACAAGAAUGUGAUUUCAGCCGUGUGGCCAAAGUUACGACAUAAAAAUUAUGACUAUGCCGUUAUAGAAGCCAAGGCCAUAGAUGUUACAACAUAUUAUCGUCAAGUUAAUCAGCUGAAUUUGAAAAUACCAUGUGACCAUCCAGACAGUAUCAAAUGUGGUCAUACAGAAAAGGAGUUUAUAAAUGUAAAAUUUACAAAUAACGAGUUAGUUCAUGGUACUCGUUACACUGUGUGUGUCCAUGCUGAUGCUACAAAAGUUAAACAUGAGACGUGGAUAGAAGUUCUUCCUGAGAUAAGCUCCUGUAGCGAUGGUAUAAUUGUGGACCUGACUCCACCUGUAGAAGGCAGAUUGUGGAUUGGUUCUAAUCCAGAACAAAUUUAUCAGACUACCGUUACAGACUUAUAUAUCAACUGGGACGGAUUCCACGACGUAGAGGAAUAUGGAGUAGGACCACAUUCUACUGGUAUCAAACAAUACUUACUGGGUAUUGGCACAAUUUCCGGAGGAAAUGAUGUCCAUGCCUUUGAGAAUAUUGGAGUAGUACAACACAAAGCUUUACCAAAACUAAACCUUCAGAACGGGUACAAGUAUUAUGCAACAUUGAAAGCUGUUGAUUUUGCUAACAGAGAAACACAAAAAUUAUCAGACCCUAUAACAAUCGACAACACACCACCAGAGAAAUCCGAUAAACCAAUCACAUUACCAAAUCGCCAUAUCACUUCUACAACAGAAAUAAGUCCGUGUUGGAAAGGAGUAUUCCUUGACCUAGAGUCUGGUAUAGAUUAUUUCCUCUGGUCAGUUGGAUCAGAGCCAGGAUAUACAGACAUGAUGUCUUAUUUGAAGGUUUUUGGUCAAGAAUGUGGAAUUAUAGACGAAAAUAAUCCUUUGGAUCUCAAAGACGGUCAUUUUUAUUAUAUAAAUGUCAGGGCAUUCAACAAGGCAGGAUUAUCAUCAUUGGCUACAUCCUGGGCUUUCCAAGUGGAUACAACGCCACCUACACCUGGCCAUGUGUAUGAUGGAGAUAAAAGUCAGCUGACAGGAAUUGUCAAGGACAUUGACUACCAGACAGAGACUAAAGUGCUAAAUGCCUGUUUGGAAGGUUUCCAUGAAUCUCACUCCACUAUUAAAGAUUAUUAUGUUUCUGUUGGGACCUGUCCUCAAUGUGAAGAUAUAUUACAGGAACAGGCUGUGGGGAUUACAUAUGAAUUUACAUUAAGGAACAUCCAUCUUGGUACAGGACUGAGAUAUUAUACCACAGUAACGGCAUGUAACACAGCAGACAUGUGUACCACUGUGACAUCAGAUGGUGUGAUUAUAGACAACAGUCCACCGACAUCUGGUACAGUACAAGAUGGAACAGGAUUUUAUGACACAGAAUAUCAAUCAAUGACUAUCUACAUAUCAGCCAAGUGGUAUGGGUUUGAUGACCCUCAAUCUGGCCUCCAGAAGUAUGCUUGGAGGGCAGGAACAAAGCCAGGUUAUGAUGACAUAGUGCCCUCUAUAGAACUCCAUCUGACAGAGACUGCAGCAUUACUGAAUUCUACUAAUUUCAACCUUGACCUUCCUUUGAACAAGAGAGUAUAUGUAACAAUAAGGGCGUAUAAUAAAGCUGGUUUGUGGUCUGAAUCAUCAUCGAAUGGUUUUAUUGUGGACAACACGCCACCAGUUAUGACAAAACAACCAACAUUCUCUGUUGACUUUGGAAUUAAGGGGUUGACACAGAUUUAUAGAACAUCUAUGAAAGUUGAAUGGGCUGUUGAUGAUGAUGAGUCAUAUAUAAAAAGACAGUAUCUGUCUAUCAAUUCUCAUAUUGGAGGAGAAUUCAUGUUGUCUUCACAGUCAGUGAAUGGUAUAGCCAGGUCCUAUGUAUUUACUGGACUAGAUUUACAUGAUGGAGUGACCUAUUAUGUGACCUUAAUUUCCUGUAACAGUGCUGAGAUAUGUAUUACUUCUACCUCCAAGGGGAUGUUGGUAGACAGUACCCCACCAUCUAGAGGAACUUUUGCAAUGUCAACAGACCAUGCAGUUGAUCUAGACUUGGCCAGGAACGAAACAGGAUGGAUGACCUGGGGGACUUAUGCUGUUUACCUGGCCUGGCUCGGAUUCAGUGAUAUCCAUUCAAAGAUAGAUCAUUAUAUGGUCACUGUAGGGUCAUCAUACAUGGCUAAAGAUUUGACCAAGGAUCACACGGCUAAGUACAUUCAUGUUGAAACAAACACUGAUCAUGGUGAUGAGGGCAAAGUUCAACUGCAUAAAGUCGCGACUGAAAAACUGACAAAUUAUGAUGAACUGUUUAUUACUGUCUGGGCUGUAAAUAAGGUUGGUUUGCGAAGUCAUAUGGUCCAUUCAGCCUUUACAAAGACUCCACCAAGCUCUUUAGAGUUAAUGAGAAGAUGUGAUGCUCUUUCGUGUGAAGGUCACUGUGUUUGUGCUCCACAGGACCAAAAAUGUCCAUAUUCCCAAACGUUGGGUGGCUGUAUUGAUAAAUCAGAUAGUGUAUUUUCUGGUACGCAGUAUACCUUAUUACUAGUAAAGGAUACAAAUGGUUACUCUAAAAAUGAUCAGGCCGUCACAGCAUCUAACAAUGUUCUGAGAGCCACAUGGCAGAUUUCACUGAUAUAUCCGUCUAAACCUAAAUGGUAUGAAUGGAGUGUUGGGUAUGCAGACAGGUUAGGACCUGAGGGCAUCUUUGACCCAGUAGAUGAUAAAGUUUGGCAGGACGCCGGUCAGUUGAUGGACGCUGUGUUCACGAUUGGUCCAGGUAAAGACUUACUGAUAAACACAUUUGUAUAUUCAGUGUAUGUGAAAGUUUGGUAUUCCUCGAAUAUCUAUGUUGUAUUUAAAACAAAUGGCAUAUAUGUGAUGACACAAGCACCUGUUUUAGCAACAGUUCGAGGCACAGCUGUAACAGAGAAUGUGCAAGGCACAACAGCUAAAGAUGACGAUUACAUGAGGAUAGGACGACCUAUAACCUUCAAAUGGAAAAAUAAAUUCCUGAAUACUGAGGCAACGAUAGAAAAAUACAGACUGUAUCUUAGUUCGUUUCCAGGAGGUUAUGAUAUCCUGACCAUACCAGAGGCUAUACCAGGGACAGCCACAGGAUACAAUAUGUCUAGAAUCAGCCUGAUACCUGGUGUUAGAUAUUACUCUAAUGUCAUAGCUUAUAACCAUGCUGGAGCCCACACUACAUCCACAUCUGAUGGAUUCAUUGUGGAUCAUGUGGAUCCAUCAUCUGGCAUUGUUUAUGAUGGAUUAGGAAUACUUGACAAAGAGUACCAAAACGCCACUCACUUUGUGGCAGCACACUGGCAUGGAUUUAUAGAUACAGAGUCAGGUAUACUGUCAUACCACUGGUGUGUAGGGAAGACAACUCAUGUACACAGAAUUUACGCCAAAACGGAAUGUAGUGUUUUACCAUGGAAUAACGUUGGACUACAUACCUCUGCCUCAAAGAAUUUAUCUACACAGAUAUUGCAGGGAAUAAAAAUCUACAGUAAAGUGUAUGCUAUUGAUAGUGUUGGUAGACAGUCGUCUAUUGUUGUCUCUGAUGGGGUAAUAAUUGAUGUAACUCCUCCUAUUCCGGAAAAGUUCAUACAUGGUUCAGAAAAUCUCGGAAAUAAUACAUCAUUUGAAAACACUGGUGGAGAUGAUAUUAAAUUUGUAAACGUUAGUUCUACUGAUAUUUGUACGGCUUCUGAUAUUUACCAUCCGGUGUCAUGGAUACCUACCGAGAUAACUUGUAUGGCUGUGGUGUCGUCAGAUAUUAAUUUAGCUAAAGACGGUCGAUCCUUUUUGUUUAUAAGAGGAAAUGUUCACCAGGAGUUAGACCAAGUCAGGGCAGGAUAUCUAUACAAAGUCUCAUUCUUCUCCAGUCAUUUGCCAAUAAUAGAUUCUGUUGGAGCAAACAAAGAAGGGUUUGUACAGCUUGAUGAUGUAAAACAUGUUUUUCUGAUCUACACGAAGCCCUAUCGCCAUGAUGGACAUGGACAGGGAAAUAGUCGUGAGAAAAUCUCCUGGCAUGCUCACACAUUCUACUUCAAAGCCACCAACGAUCAUGCAAAUAUCACAGUUGGAAGUAUGGACAUGACUACAGGAAUAUUAUUUGAUGACCUAUCUGUACAGGAAGUGAACUUUACAACUGAUACCACCAGCGGACACGUGCUUGGUCAUGUUGUGUACUUACAUGCAUGGAGUUCUAUCCAUGGAUCGUGGAGUUUUACAGAUCCCGAAUCACCAAUUGUAGAUUACACAUGGGCAAUAGGUUAUGCAGAGGGAGGUACACAGAUCCAACCAUUUCGAAGUGCUGGUUUAAUGAACUUUGCCUUUAACAACAAUGUCACACUGGUUCACAACACCUAUAUUUAUGUGACGGCUAUAGCUACUAAUGCUGCAGGAUUGAGGGGCGUGUCCUAUUCUGAUCCCAUACUGGUAGAUCUGACACCACCUGAUAUUAAAUAUGUUAAUGAUGGAGCAGGCCCAGAUGAAUUUGCCUGGGAAUUAAAUGAAGUAAUUGCUAAGUGGGCCGUUGAAGAUCCCGAGUCUGGUAUCCUGAUAUGCCAAUGGGCUAUAGGUUACCAUUCGGGAGGGAGCGACCUACUACCAUACACUGAAGUAACAUCUACAACAGCCUACAAAGUGUUCCCUUACAGUGUAUUAAUAGGGUAUACCAUUUACACAACACUGAAAUGUGAGAACAAAGCAGGAUUAUCUUCUGUGAUGUCAUCUAAUGGAGUAAAGAUUUCCAACCUUCCUCCUACAGCCACAACAGCUGUGGUCCAAACUUUACCGUUGUCAUUGACAGAGUACAGUCCUAGGGACUCAUAUCAAGGUGUUAUUGAUAGUAUCAGACUGAAGUGGACGGGAUUUGAUGACUAUAUAGGAGUAGAAAGAUACAAGGUAUUUUAUAAACGUGAUGGAACAUCAGAGUUAAUGUUCUUUCCUGAUGUACAGGAUGUCCUGUAUGCACAUUUUACAAAGACGUCUCUGACAGAAGGAUCUUACAACUUCUCAGUACAAGCUAUCAAUAAACUGUUUAAACGCAGCAAUAAGUUUACGUCAUAUACUUUAACAGAUAUGUCAUCUCCGGUAGUGGAUGAAACAAAUACCCUGACAAUAAACUGGAUAAACAAACAGAUCGUUGUUUCAUGGGACAAUGUUUUUACAUCAGACAAUGCCAUAUUCUACGAAGUGUCAUCUGGUUCUACACUUGGAGGAGUUAAUAUUAUCCAGUGGCAGGAAACCAAUCAAACAAGUAUAACUUUUAGUAUCCCAGCCUCUGUAGUAGUUACCACCGGGUUACCAGUCUAUCUUACAGUUACAGCAAUCUCAGUCGGUGGAUAUUCUGCAGUGAAAACAGGACAUUUCACACUUCCGUAGAUUUUGUUUUCGAGUUAACUACCAACAUCUGAAGAACACGUAAACGGGAGAGAUGAUCAUUGUAUACCUUAAGGACAGAAAAAUCAGUUAUCUAUAUCUUUAAUGAGUAGUUAGUUUUGCUUUAAUGUCUUAUUAAACUUUAUAAAAAUAUAUAAACUUACCAUUCCUAUAUUCAGACUUUCCUUGAAACAGACAUCAUUCUGAAUCAUUGUGAUAACUAUGAUACACAUUAAAUUAAUUUACUGAAAAACAAAAUGGGCAUGCAAGUAUGUGUUUUAAAGAUUUUGGCGUUUAUUGUAUGUUUACAUGAAACAUUAGAGUGUUUCUAUUAUGUUUAUUCACCAACAUUCUGCUCAACUUCAAAUCCUGAUAACUUCAGGUAAUAGGAAAAUAUUUGAAAAUAUCCCAUAGAAAUGGUACUUUUAAGUUUAUUUGUGAAAAUGCAUUUAGAUUACUAUAUUGCUACAAAAUAUUGAAAUUGUAUUUGUACCGCAUAAAACAAUUAUUUAGACUUUAUUUACUUUAUCAUAUGGGUCAAUGUUCGCAAUCAAUUUCACAUAAGUGGUAAAGGUAUCAGUUGUCCAUAUUUGGAUAUACAUGUAUAUGAUGUUCAUUUCGAAGUUAAUUUUCACAUAUUUGGUUUGAUUAUGAGUGAAGAAGCGAAAUUAUUAUUUUUCGUAAUUAGCAUGCCCUGAACAGCCCUUUGAUAAAAACAAAUACAUUUUUCUCAUAUAGUUCACCUUAGUGAUAUUUUAAUACACAUUUCAUUUGAAUAUCUUAAUUAGAGGCGUAUUAUUACCCCGAGGAAAAUUACUGACAGAAAGUCCUUAACCAAAUGACAAAAUUAAAAGCUCAAACACAUCAAACAAAAUCAAGUCAACGGUUAUAUUUUUUACUUGACACAGUCAUUUCUUAUGUAGAAAAAUUGUGAAUUAAACCUGGUUUUAUAUCUAGCUAAACUUCUUACUUGUAUGACAGUCGCAUAUAAUUUCCAUAUUUACAACGCCGUGUGACCAACAGAAAUGGACAUAAUAGGUAAAAUGUCAUAAUAGGGGUACAACAUUCAACGUUGUGUUAAAGUGUUAAUCACUAUAAAACAAACAAAUAUAUAACACAAAAGCACAAAAGGCAUAUAGUCAAAAGACAUAAGCAAAAAUACAAGAAUACAUAAGUUACAAUACAUGUACCACAAUUACGAGAUGAUGUAUAAGUACAAAGUCACAUCACCAAAAAUAGGCUUAACAGUAAAAUUAAUAUCCAAAUUGACAAAUAAAAGAAAACUAUAAUUCCUACCUUAUUAAGAUGAUGCACAACCUCCAGAAUCUAUACUUCAAAACCAUCAUACAUUAUUUGUGAAAUUGAUACGAAAUACUUCUCAACAAGGUCUUGGUACCUUCCAAUGAUCUUUUUUUAGAAAAAAGGACGAGACGUCCUUUAAAAUACCCCUGGUUCUUUAACUUUCUACUCAGACACUGGUGACGUUUUACAAAGUCCGAGUAUCAAAUUCAAGCUCUUGAAUAUAGAAUAAGUUAAGAAAUGUAUAUCCCAUAUGCAGGUGCAUUUGGUAUAUUGCUACAGGUGGGGGAAAUGAAUAAUUUCAAAGUUAAAAUCGUCUUGUUUGUCAUAGAUUCUUGAGACGACCGUAAAAGUCAAAUAGGAAGAAUAAGUCUGACCAUGAUCAGAGGAAGCCGUGUCUGUUGUUUCUUUUAUUUUACCAAUUCUGACAAAGUAUCCAGUUUAACGUCUCCUUGUUUGCCCCUACUCUGACGUAGUCCUCAAUGGAAUCCAUCAUUAUUUUGAAGUUAUUGUUCCAAAGACAUGACUUUUAUAUUAUGAUUGAAAUAAAUGUUGAUAUUUUAUUUGUACCGCCGAAAAGAGUUAUUUAGAACUGUAUAGACUUUUAUAAAUUAUAUAACGUAUUUGAAAGAUAUUGAUGUAGUGUGUACAUUAUUAUUGAAAUAUUAUAUUUUUUUCAAAUUUUUCUUGUAUUGUAUUAUAUUUGAUUUGUUGAAUAUUAGAUAUAGAAUUCGUUGGAUAUUUGGAGUAUGAGGAAUAUUUUUGUAAAUAUCUAAAGUAAAAGAUAAAGAAAUUUUAGUUUUGGGGAAUUUUGAGUAGAAAGGAUAUGUCUAAAUAUAGGCAGUGUG